UACAAGUGUCUGAGCAGCUGUUGCCAGUUCUCGGAAAUUUAAAGUUGUGCUAUCGUUAUCGGCGACAGACGAUGUUUUUAUUAUUGUAACAAAUACCAGUUGCUGCCCGUAUUUAAAGUCAACAUAGUUUAAUUUAAAUAGGUUAUAAGUAAUAAGCUUGACUUUACUUAAGUAAAAUAUGAAUCGCUGGAUAAAUCGUGUUGCUGUUGUCACCGGUGCCAGUUCGGGAAUUGGCGCCGCAUGUUCUAGAGAUCUGGUGGCAAAGGGCAUGGUUGUGGUGGGCAUGGCACGUCGUUUGGAUAGGCUUCAGCAGCUGAAAGCAGAGCUGCCGACUGGGCAGUCGGAACGUUUUUAUUGCCGUCAGUGUGACGUAAGUGUUGAGGAGCAGGUAAUUGACUCCUUUGCCUGGAUCGACGAAACCCUCGGUGGUGCAGAUGUAUUAGUGAAUAAUGCAGGCAUUGUACGUCGUGCCUGCAUUAUAGAUGAAGGCAAUAGCGACGAUCUGCGAGAUAUAUUAAAUACGAAUGUGUUGGGUGUCAGUUGGUGCACACGCCAGGCGUUCAUCUCAAUGCAUCGUCGCAAGAUAAACGAUGGACAUGUGGUUAUCAUCAAUAGUAUAGCCGGUCACGAAGUCCCCAAAGCUAAAGGCUUUAGCUUGAACAUGUAUGCACCAUCCAAGCAUGCCAUUACUGCACUCACCGAAGUGUUACGUCAGGAAUUUCAGAACAAGGGCACUAUGACCAAGAUUACGAGCAUUAGUCCUGGUGUUGCCGAUACUGAAAUCUUUGACUCUAAAUCUCCCGAGGUGUUAGCCAAAAUGCCCAUGUUACGUGCCGAGAAUGUGGCCGAUGCAGUCAGCUACUGUAUUCAGACGCCACCCAAUGUGCAGAUUCAUGAACUAACCAUCAAGCCGAUUGGAGAACAAUUCUAAAUUUAUAUUUGAAUAUAUUUAUUA